AAGACAGACCAUUAGCCCAUCAGCAGUCACAGACUGAAAGAGGGAGAGAGGGAUGAAGACCAGUUAUUUCAUUCUAAUAUUUAUAUGCAUCCCUGCAACCCUGAGAACCAAUGAGUGACAUAAGGAUUAACCUUGUCAAUAACGUUUCCAGACAAUCUUCCAAACUGUAAAGAUGCUCUUCGAGAUUGUCUUCGCCCCGAAGUGGUGUGGACCAGGUGUUACGAGGAUAGAAUUACAAUAUGCAUUCUAAUGACCAGAAUGCCCAUCCCAAACUUCUACAGAUGGUCUGUCAACUCAUCCAAUAAGGCAGAAAAGAGCACGAAUUCUGGACACAUAGUGCACAUUCCUGCACAUGUUCUCCAGAGAAGCAAGAGGAACGACUCUAAUAGCACUGACUAUGUGCAAAUUACAAUGGCUGUACUCAACAGCUCUCUAUUCAAGCUUGGUCCGGUUCGAGGCUCUAGAUCAGGGGAAGUCCUGGGGCAGUCUGUGCUGGCUGUGAGGGUGGGGGACCACAGUGUGAGUGACCUUGACCAGCCUGUCCGAAUCACCUUCAGAAACACAAAUGUGACUGAGAGAGGGACUUGUGUUUUCUGGAAGGACUCAGAAAAUAAGAAUGGCGAAGGGGACUGGAGCUCAGAGGGUUGUAUUACCACCCUCAUUCACGGAGAGUUUGUGUGCAGCUGUAACCAUCUCAGCUUCUUUGCAGUGCUCGUGAACUCAAAGUUGUCGGUAGACCCUGUGAAUGUGGCCAACCUCGGCUACAUCUCCUACAUUGGUUCAUUAUUCUCUGUGGUUUUCACCACAGUAACCCUUGUCAUGUACACUUGUCUUAGGAAGGGGCAUUCUGAACAGUCAAUAUCUAUUCAUGUGCAGCUGACAGGAGCGCUCCUGUUUCUACACCUCUCCUACCUCUUGAGCGAGUGGUGGGUGUGGCGUGAGGCUGAUGGGGCUGAGGGACAUGUCUGUCUGGCCUUUGGGUUGCUACUGCACUGGGCUCUCCUGUCCACCUUCACCUGGCUGGCCAUUGAAGGCUUCCAUCUCUACAUGCUGUUAGUCCGCGUCUUCAACAUCUAUGUCAGGAAAUACCUGCUCAAACUGAGCCUGGUUGGAUGGGGCAUACCCACUGCAACUGUGACGGCCUGUCGUUUCUUAGGAGUCUACGGCAUACACAGCUUCUACAUGACAGGGGCCAAUAACGGCUCAUCAACAGACAUAUGUUGGAUAAGCAGUGCAACAGACAGCCCUGGAGUGGUGGUCAGCUACAUCACAGUGAGUGGAUACCUGGGCCUGGUCUUCCUCUUCAACACAGCCAUGCUAGGUGUGGUGGUGGUGAAGCUGUGGGGGCAGAGAGGGGAGGGUAGAAUGUGGAAGGAUUGGGCCACGGUCCUGGGGCUCAGCUGUGUGCUAGGAGUACCAUGGGGGCUGGCGUUCUGCACCUACGGCCCCCUUUCUCUCCCUGGGCUGUACCUCUUCAGUAUAUUCAACUGCUUCCAGGGUGUCUUCUUGUUCCUGUGGUUUCUUGCCCUUUCACGUAAGGGCCGCCCAGAGCACUCCUCUGUGAAAGACUCUUCCAGUCAAAAGAUGAUGGAGACAAACUUCAACUGAUACUGUGGGACUUGCAACACAUUCCAGCAUACCUUUUAAUAGUGUUUGCAGACCAAGUCCUGAGUAUAAAACAGCGGGGAAAGUAUAAUUCAUUUCUUCCUGGUAUGGACCUCUUUACCGAAAAUAAAUGUAUGGGCCUAAAUAUAGAAUUGCAUAUAGAAUCCCUAUCAAUUCAAUAGCAUUUCUCUGGGCCUAGUGGUAAAGAUUUGACAUGAAACGUUUCAAAUGUAUGACCUUUUAUUUUGGCAUCAACAAAACCAGUCAUGAUGUUUUAAUCAGCUUGUCAAACAUCGGCCCUUUUACUAGGCUACCUGAGCACGUUUAUCCACUCACAACAUAUUUCCAGCCCCCAAACAAUGGUGAAUUGAAAGAGACAGCUGUUACACAAAACACCAAAAAGUGUCAUGACAUUUGGCGUUUGUAUUUAGGCCAGAAUAUAUGUGUCCACUGCUGUCUGCAUGCGUCUUGGUGUCGGCCACUGAUCUCUGCCGUGGCAUAAUUUCAGUGUUUUUACAUGACAUUUUGGAGCAUAGGCCUACCACCUGUUUUCAUGUCCAUUUGCAAAAUGUUCAUGCCUCUGCCAAGCGGUAAUAAUUUAAAAAAGUGGUGUAAAAGCCUACAGUUUUUAAAACAUUUUGAUUUCAAUUAUUGUGAUAUAUUGUAUUUUACCGGUACAGCAAACCCUCGCUAUUUAUUUUGUGGGGACACCGUACCAGACCGUACCAACUUACUUUCACCCCUGGUGUAAACAUGACAUUUAUGAUAUGGGACAUAAAGUGUGACACAUGGAGCAAAUAACCAUAAGCACACAGACUAUCUACUGAAUAAAAUGGUGCUUGGUGUUGUGGUGUUAAUCAGAUAAUUGAAUUAUUUAAUGCUUUCUUAUUGUUUCAUAAAAAUAAUCUACCAAUGCUAUUAGACCCAUGAUUCAGCCUUUUCCACAACGCGUUAAUGAUACAUAAUAGAAUGUCACUUUGAACUUUAUUAAUAUAAUGUAAUUUAUUGGAAACAGGAGACAAAGGGCUGUGAGACAAAGGCUUAAGGGGCGGCAGGUAAACAAAGGGGCGGCAGGUAGCUGCAGGUAAACAAAGGGGCGGCAGGUAGCUGCAUGUAAACAAAGGGGCCGCAGGUAGCGGCAGGUAAACAAAGGGGCGACAGGUAGCUGCAGGUAAACAAAGGGGCGGCAGGUAGCUGCAGGUAAACAAAGGGGCGUCAGGUAGCGGCAGGUAAACAAAGGGGCGUCAGGUAGCGGCAGGUAAACAAAGGGGCGGCAGGUAGCUGCAGGUAAACAAAGGGGCGGAAGGUAGCGGCAGGUAAACAAAGGGGCGGCAGGUAGCUGCAGGUAAACAAAGGGGCGGAAGGUAGCUGCAGGUAAACAAAGGGGCGGAAGGUAGCGGCAGGUAAACAAAGUGGCGGCAGGUAGCUGCAGGUAAACAAAGGGGCGGCAGGUAGCUGCAGCUAAACAAAGGGGCGGCAGGUAGCGGCAGGUAAACAAAGGGGCGGCAGGUAGCUGCAGGUAAACAAAGGGGCG